UCCAGAGUUGUAGUCAACGCUCAAACUAAUACACCAUGUUGGCUCUCAAAGAGCUAUUUAUUAGGACAGAUAUUACUACUGUAUAUUUAAAGCUCAAUGAUCCAGCACCUACAAUGCCAGACAGAACAGCAAAUAUACUCUUUUUAAUGUGUAGUCGAAGACUUUCAUGGCUGGCAUCCAUAGUUUUUUGUGGGUUUUUCGGGCUAUGUGACCAUGUUCUAGAAGAGUUUAUUCCUGAUGUUUCACCAGCAUCUGUGGCUGGCUGGCAUCUUCAGAGAAAAACUAUAUUCAUUUUAGUUAAAUUAAGGUUUUCCCACCAAAAGAAGAGUAACCCAAUUAAAGAGAGGAGCAGUAUUAACCAAUGCUGAAUAUUGUGGACAUUUACGUGUUCUGCCUGCCUCCAGUGCUGUCUACCAUGCAUAUUGUGUGUGUGUGUGUGUGUGUGUGUGUGUGAACACUUUUGUGCAGCUGUAUACAAGUCUGUAUACCAUAAAUCAGGAGAUAACUUCUAGAAAGGCACUGCUGGCAUCUGUACCUUUCUUUCUCCCUGAGCACCAUAUACUUCUUAUUUUUUCAUAAACAAACUCCACUGUCCUGUAAUUGUCCUUUAUUCAUACAUGUAAAUUUAUAGAAGCUACCCAUUUGAGAUAAGUAGAAAUAAAUACUGAGCACAAAAGUAAUCUGAGCUCAGAAGCGUUGUGCAGAGAUCUUCUCCCUCCGCCUCUGGAAUUUUCUUUCUAAGAGGGAUCAACCAUGGUGGGAGGAGAAAAGUUAGGCAGUUUUGAAGCUGCAUCAUCCAGCACAUCUGGAAGUAGUUUAUAUGACUCUCUCCCUCCAUAAGGGCAGCAUCUAAAUUCUGUGCAGCUCCGUAGUGGCAGAGAAUACCAGCUUCAAGUAAACCGCAAAAGAAUUUUAAAAGAUAUUUAUUCGACUGAGCACUUUUAGAAGAAUUACAAAAAGAAAAAAAAAACUUUCAGGUCUCUUGCCUUUUAGUGGGGAUCUCAAGAGAGAGGCAGUUCUGGCACGAAUGUUUACAACACUAGACCAUCCAGUUCCCAAAAGCAGCUGCUUCGGAGUCAUUUUUCUGGAGAAAGAACUCUCAGUUGUUCUGCUGCCUUUGAAAGAUUAUGAAAUACAGUUAAAAGCAACACAAGUGAAGAGACAGGGAGGGAGAUAAUUCCAGAGAUCUUCCAGAACCUCCUUUCUCCUUACAAGCUGCAGCUUGCAACCAAACGAAAGGAUCCCAUGGCUCUGUUACGGAAACUUAAUCAAAUCCUACUGUUUCUUCUGAUUUUGACUGUCUGUGUCAUUCUGUAUAACAAAGUUCACAAGAUGCCACCUGUUAUUCUGAAGAAUGAGUCAGUUGAUUUGGAGGGCCCUGAGGAAAUGGAAGAUGAAAUUCCUGUGGUGAUAUGUGCUGCUGCAGGCAGAAUGGGUGCAGCAAUAGCAGCAAUCAACAGCAUUUACAGCAACACCGAUUCUAAUGUUGUGUUCUAUGUAGUUGGGCUAAAGAAUGGAAUUCCACAUAUCAGGAAGUGGAUUGAAAAUUCUAUACUAAAGGAUAUAAAGUUUAAAAUUGUAGAAUUCAAUCCCAUGGUUUUAAAAGGGAAAAUGAGGCCAGAUGCAGCUCGUCCUGAGUUACUUCAGCCUCUAAACUUUGUUCGAUUUUACCUACCUCUGCUUAUCCAUGAACAUGAAAAAGUGAUAUAUCUUGACGAUGAUGUAAUUGUGCAAGGUGACAUCCAAGAUCUGUAUGACACAAAGUUAGCCCGUGGCCAUGCUGCAGCUUUUUCAGAUGACUGUGAUUUGCCUUCAACUCAUGAAAUGGUUAGAAGUGUAGGAAUGCAGAAUACCUAUAUGGGAUUUUUGGACUACCGAAAGCAAACAAUUCGAGAUCUUGGUGUAAGCCCCAGCACCUGUUCUUUUAAUCCUGGUGUUAUUGUUGCCAAUAUGACAGAAUGGAAGCACCAGCGAAUCACAAAGCAAUUAGAAAAAUGGAUGCAGAAAAAUGUAGAAGAAAAUCUGUAUAGCAGCACCCUUGCAGGAGGUGUGGCAACUUCCCCAAUGCUCAUUGUAUUCCAUGGAAAAUAUUCAGCAAUUAAUCCUUUAUGGCACAUUCGGCACCUAGGCUGGAGUCCUGAUACCAGGUACUCAGAACAUUUUCUUCAUGACGCCAAGUUACUUCACUGGAAUGGAAGAUACAAGCCUUGGGAUUACCCUAGUGUUCACACUGACUUAUGGGAAAAGUGGUUUGUUCCUGACCCUUCAGGGACUUUUAAACUGAUUCGUCCCAAUAGCUGAUGUCAUUUACAUUUUGAAGACACGAAGAUUAGUCUUAAGUACAUAACAAGGUAUAUAAUAUUUUGUAAUGUAGUUUACCAUCUUUGUUGUACAUACAGCUAUUGUAUGAGACCAAUACUUUAAUAAAAGCUAAACUGUUUGAGUGAAGGGUUCAAUGGACCCUUGAUGAAGCACAGUUCAGAGAAACUUCAGUUUCAAGUGUUAUUAAUGAGACUACAAUGUUUUGAGACACUAUUCUUUAUAAAACACAGAUCACUAUUUUAUGUCAUACUAUGUAAAUAAUAUUGUUUCUUACUGAUGAGCCAUUUAUAACACUUUUGAAUAAAAAAAGUUUGCAUUCUU